UUUUUGGCAAAUCUAAUAGCGCUUGCAUCAGCGUGGACAGCAUACGCCGGCAAAGUUAGUUCCAGAGUCACCUGUCUUCUUCUUUCAGAGAGAAAUAAAAAGAAAAACAAUAAUCCAGUGUACAGUUUAGUAGCAAGAGGAACUGCCACCGGCCUGAUGGAGUUGUUUGUUAGUGAAGGCAACCCGCAUUGUCUGAAGGUGUUAGCUGCACUGGAAGUAACAGGAGUUCAGUGCGGCGUUCAGUUCCUCAACCACGAAGGGAAGGUGGUGCCUUUCCUCCCCCGUCCAGCUGUGCCUACUCUUUUUCUACCCAGUGGGCAGCACCUUUUUAGCUCCAAUACUAUUUGCAGGUACCUGUUUGAGUUAAAUGGACCAGAAUCUAGUGAUCAGUGCAAUCAGUGGCUUGAGUGGGAAGCCACAAUUCUCCAGCCUGCACUGCUACGGGCUCUUCACUUGGCAGUGCUUCAGGGAAAAGGGUCAGAGGUUCCCAAAGUUCUCCAGGGUCCCCUAAAUGUCUUGGACCAAAGCUUGGCCAAGGGCAGCAUGGCAUAUUUAACUGGGGAAGCUGUUUCAGUUGCUGAUGUUGUUUUAUGGGGUGCCCUGCAUCCUGUUUUAUCCGUCUCUUCUCUAGAAUUGAGUGAUCAUAAAUUAGCAAAGGCUUGGUUUGACCGUGUUGCUGCGGUGCGUGGCUGUCAGUCUGCAGCUCAGAAAGUGCUGCAGGGAAAAGGCCUGGAGGCCAUGAAGAGCUACAUGCAGAAGCAGCCUGCACCUCAGAGCAGAGACACACAGCCAUGCAACAGCAGCCCUGCUGAGAAUGAUGAAGGGGAGCGUACCGUUUCAGAAGAGGAGAUGGAAGCAGCAGCUCUCACCUGGAGCAAGGAUUUAAACGCCUGCUCCUAUCCAGCUGAAAAGCAACAUCCAGUUAUGCCACAAGAGGGCAACCGGAAUGUCCUCAUCACUAGCGCCUUGCCAUAUGUCAACAAUGUCCCCCACCUGGGUAACAUCAUUGGCUGUGUCCUUAGUGCGGAUGUUUUCUCCAGAUACGGCCAGCUGCGAGGGUGGAAUGUGUUGUUUGUCUGUGGCACAGAUGAGUACGGCACGGCUACUGAGAACAAGGCCAGAGAGGAAGGCCUGACACCGCAGCAGAUCUGUGACAAGUACCAUGCUGUUCACUCCAGUAUCUACAAAUGGUUCCAGAUUGACUUUGACUUCUUUGGGAGAACCACCACUGAGAAGCAGACGGAGAUCGCUCAGGAUAUAUUCUGGCGACUCCACAAGAAUGGAUUUCUUGUUGAAGACACGGUGGAACAGCUUCGCUGUGAAAACUGUCAGCGCUUCCUGGCUGACCGCUUUGUAGAGGGAAUGUGUCCCUACUGCAGCUAUCCAGAGGCUCGCGGUGAUCAGUGUGACAAGUGUGGGCGCCUCAUCAACGCCGUGGAGCUCAGGGAACCUCAGUGCAAAGUCUGCAGGCAGACUCCAGAAAUCCGCUCCUCCAAACAUCUGUUCUUGGACCUGCCAAAGCUAGAAACUCAGUUGGAGAAUUGGCUAGAGAGAUCAACCAGCUCUGGAGACUGGACAGCAAACGCCAAACAGAUCACUCGCUCUUGGCUCAGAGAUGGACUCAAGCCUCGCUGCAUCACCAGGGACCUGCAGUGGGGAACACCAGUACCUCACCCAGACUUUAAAGAGAAGGUGUUCUACGUUUGGUUCGAUGCUCCUAUUGGUUAUCUGUCUAUUACUGCCAACUACACCAACGAAUGGGAAAAGUGGUGGAAAAAUCCUCAUCAGGUGGAGCUGUACAACUUCAUGGCGAAGGACAAUGUGCCGUUCCACAGUGUGGUGUUUCCCUGCUCCCUACUGGGAGCCCAGGACAACUACACUCUGGUCAGCCAUCUAAUUGCUACUGAAUAUCUGAACUACGAGGACACAAAGUUCUCAAAGAGCCGUGGUGUCGGUGUGUUUGGUGACAUGGCGAAGGACACUGGCAUCCCUUCGGACGUAUGGCGGUUCUACCUCCUGUAUGUGCGUCCAGAAGGACAAGAUUCAGCUUUUUCUUGGGCUGACAUGGCCCUAAAGAACAACUCUGAGCUGCUCAACAAUUUGGGGAACUUCAUCAACAGAGGAGGGAUGUUUGUGACCAAGUUUUUUGGAGGAUGCGUGCCUGCGAUGGAGCUACAGCAGGAAGACAAGAAGCUCCUGGCUGUGGUGGGCUGGGAGCUGCAGCAGUACAUCCAGCUUAUGGACAAAGUCAAGAUCCGCGAUGCCUUGAAGCACAUCUUGAACAUUUCUCGCCAUGGUAACCAAUACAUUCAAGUCAAUGAGCCCUGGAAGAAAAUAAAGGGAGGAGAGUCAGAAAGGCAGCGCGCCGGCACCGUGACGGGCGUUUCUGUGAAUAUCGCCUGCUUGCUGUCGGUGAUGCUCCUGCCUUACAUGCCAGCGGUCAGCCAGACCAUCAGGGAUCAGCUCAACGCUCCUCAGACUUGCAUCAAUACCAUGUUGCAAGGCCCCGGCACCUUCGUGUGCGCCCUGAGAGCGGGCCACCGCAUCGGCACCGUCAGUCCAUUAUUCCAGAAACUGGAGGCGGAUCAGAUCGAGGCUUUGAAGAAGAGGUUUGGUGGACAGCAGCCUGAAGACGAACCAUCUAAUAAGAAGAUUACUGCUAGCACUCAGCCCGCUGCAGUUCCUGCUCCUCCCGUUGUUGCCGAGGUGAAGGUGGUCGACGGAUCGGAUCCCGAAAAAGCCAAGCAGCUGGCGGAAGCUGUAGCCGAACAGGGCGACAAGGUUCGAGCGCUUAAAUCCCAGAAAGCAGAAAAGGCUAUAAUCACAGCAGAGGUUUCCAAACUUUUAGACCUUAAGAAACAACUGGCUCUUGCUGAAGGGAAGAGCCCUGAGCCUGCACCUCAGAAGGGUAAGAAAAAGUGAGAAAGGAAAAUGAAGAAAGGAAAGCCAAAUUAAGGUUAGAGGAAGGGGAAGGCAAGAGUGGAGAAUGGGAACAAGAUGUACAUGGAGAGAUGAGGGUAUUAGCUUAAGGCAAAGCCGUGACAGGAUCUAAGACAAUGUGGUGUUGGCACCGAGGACUAAUGAAAUGCUGGAUUGGCCGACGGGGAAAUGAAAACACACAAAGAGACAGUCAAAUGAAUACAGAUACAGAAAGGAAGGAUUUCUCCAAAUCCCUACACCAAAAGAAACUGAUUUUAUACCCUCCCUGUGUUAAAGUCAGCAUAUGAUAUUAGCAUUUGGAAGGUGCGUUUGUACGUCUUAAGAUGGUUUUUAUAUCCUUUGGAUUUUUUUCUUUGCUACAAAUAUCUAUUGGGAUCUAUAAAAUAAACAGAUUAAGAAAAAAAGA